ACAUGUCCAAUUUGAAUUUUGCUUUAGAAUUUUCAGAAUAAUUCAACUGAUUUCCUUUGUAAAAUGCGUUGUAAAGAUUUUAUAUAACAGCAUGAAUAACGAACGAACUGGGGACAACUGCCGUCCAUUUAAAUUAGCCCAUCAAUUAGUGAGUCUCACAGGGAUAAGCUUCGAAAGAAAAAGUAUUAUUGGUUGUGUAGAAUUAACUGUUGUUCCUGACCGAAAUAACUUACGACAAAUCAAACUUAACGCAAAACAAUGUCGUAUAUAUAGAGUAACAUUAAAUGAAGAAUAUGAAGCCCACUUUCAAUACUUUGACCCAUUCCUUGAUGUUUGUCAAUCAGAUUCAGAAACGAGAAGUAUCGAGAAAUUUUCCCAACAUCACCUGAAUGCAGCUUUGAAAGUAGAUCCUGAUAAUAAUGCAGGGGAACUGGUGAUAACAGUGCCACCUGAAGCAACACAUUUGAUAGCCGAAGGUACAGCUUUAAGGGUUGGAAUAGAGUUUUCUCUUGAGCAGCCACAGGGUGGAAUACAUUUUGUUGUUCCCCCAAAGAAAGAAGGAACAAAUGUUGAAAAAACCGCUCAUUUAUUCACUCAUAGUCACCAAAACUCAACAAGGUUAUGGUUUCCUUGUGUGGAUAGUUAUGCUGAAGUUUGUACUUGGAAGUUAGAAUUUACUGUAGAUGAGGAUAUGACAGCAGUUUCUAAUGGUGAUCUCAUUGAAGUUGUUUUUACACCAGAUAUGAGAAGAAAAACUUAUCAUUAUACAUUGAAUGUACCAACUUGCGCACCAAACAUCUCGUUGGCUGUGGGACACUUCGAAGUUCUUGUUGAUCCAUUCAUGCAUGAAGUUACUCAUUUCUGUUUACCUCAUUUGAUGCCCCUGUUGAAAGUAACUUCACGAUAUGUACAUGAAGCUUUCGAGUUUUAUGAGGAGACAAUGUCCAAUAGAUAUCCUUAUAGUUGUUAUAAACAAGUGUUUGUUGAUGAGGCGGAUGAGGAUUACAAAUCGUAUGCUAGCAUGAGUAUUUUGAGAGUAGAUCUUUUGCACUCUGGUGUCAUUAUUGAUCAGGUUUUUGAGACCAGAAAGAUCAUGGCCCAAGCUGUUGCAGAGCAAUUCUUUGGAUGCUUCAUAUCGAUGCAAAAUUGGUCUGAUAUGUGGUUAAAUAAGGGUAUCAGCCAAUAUCUUUGCGGUCUGUACUGUAGAAAGAGUUUUGGAAAUAAUUAUUACAGGGCAGUUGUACAGAAUAUGCUUCUUGAAGUUGUGCAAUAUGAGGAGAAAUAUGGAGGUAUUGUGUUAGAUCCUAGCCAACCACCUCAACCACUUCCUGUAGGGGUAAACACUCCACAAACGAGUAGCAGUAAUGAACCAGAGGAAAAAUUUUAUUUCUCAAUUAGAAAUCUUCACACAAUGUCUCCCAUGUACGUGAAGGCUCUCCACAAAAAGUCCAUGUUGAUUAUGAGAAUGUUGGAGCAUAGGAUUGGGCAAGAGUUACUUCUUCAGGUUUUCAAUAAGCAAUUAUCGUUGGCUAUGAAUGCUGCCACUCAAAAAAUAAGAAGUUGCCUCUGGGGCCACAUGUUAAUCAGCACCAAUGUCUUUACUAAGGCAAUAUUCACGGUAACAGGAAAAGAUAUGGCCGUUUUUAUAGAUCAGUGGGUGAGGACUGGUGGUCAUGCGAAGUUUCAUUUGACUUCCAAUUUUAAUAGAAAAAGGAAUACAAUUGAAUUAGAAAUACGUCAAGAUGCCACUAAACAAUUAGGUAUAAGAAAAUAUGUAGGUCCCCUUUUGGUUACCCUUCAGGAACUCGAUGGUACCUUCAAACAUACGCUUCAAAUUGAAAACACAGUUGUAAAAGCUGACAUCACUUGUCACUCUAAAAGUAGAAGAAAUAAAAAGAAAAAAAUUCCAUUAUGUACCGGAGAAGAAGUGGACAUGGAUUUGAGUGCAAUGGAUGAUUCACCAGUGCUGUGGAUAAGACUGGAUCCGGAAAUGACGCUUUUGAGGUCUGUUGUUAUUGAGCAGCCAGAUUACCAAUGGCAGUAUCAACUUAGACAUGAACGAGAUGUGACAGCCCAAAUUGAGGCAAUUGUUGCUCUUGAGCGAUAUCCUACUCCUCCUACACGAAUGGCCUUAACAGAUACAAUAGAGAAUGAGCAUUGUUACUGGGAAGUACGAUGCAGGGCUGCUCAAUGUCUCACCAAGGUAGCCAAUGCGAUGGUGGCUAAUUGGGCUGGUCCGCCUGCUAUGCUUGCUAUUUUCCGAAAGUUUUUCGGAUCAUUCGCCGCACCACACAUCAUAAAACAGAAUAAUUUCACGAAUUUUCAACAUUAUUUCCUUCAAAAAACGAUUCCACUGGCCAUGUCCGGUUUAAGGAAUGCACAUAAAAUAUGUCCUCCGGAAGUUGUCCGAUUUCUGUUGGAUCUUUUCAAAUAUAACGAUAAUUCCAAGAAUCGAUACAGCGACAACUAUUAUAGAGCAACAUUAGUGGAAGCCUUGGGUCGUACGGUUACGCCUGUAGUAGCUGUCCAACAAGGAGCUCCAAUAACAUCUGAAAGUUUAAGUACAGAUACAAAAUUGAUUUUAGAAGAGAUAACAAGAUAUUUAAAUCUAGAAAAAGUGUUACCAUCUUAUAGGUAUACGGUAUCUUGUGCAUGUUUGAAAGCCAUAAGGAAUCUCCAAAAAUAUGGACAUCUUCCCAGUAAAUCUGUGCUGUUUAAAUUUUAUGCUUCAUAUGGCCAGUAUAUUGAUCUUAGGGUAGCUGCCCUGGAGUGCUUGGUUGACUUUGUCCAAGCAGAUGGUAAAAUGGAGGAUCUGGAAUUUUUGUUUGAUCUUCUAGAAAAUGAUCCAUAUCCUGGUCUCAAGCACAAACUUGCUGGAAUGCUGAUUCAAAGUCCUCCCUUCAGGAGAGCACAAAGGCAUAAGCUGGAUAAACCAGACUUAGUUGAAAGACUUUGGACCAAUAUAAAUGGAUUGUUCUCCCAUGAUUCCCGUCUACGUUGCGAUAUGGUAGAUAUCUAUUAUGCAUUCUAUGGAAACAAGAAACCGUUCUGUUUGCCUGAUCCAAAAUUGGAAGGCAUUUUCAGCCUGGAAAGGCAUAGGGCUGAUGCAGAGUCGAUGAAAAGUUCGAAACCUUCAACAUCUGUUUUUAAAAGAGAGAAGUCACCUGCUUCUUCUAUCGGCGGUAUGAAAUCCAUGAUUGAAUCAUCACAGAAAGAUUUAUCCAGUGGCGUAGUUAUAGAGGAACAAGUCGAUAUGAUGACAGACGUUAUAGUGACAGAUGAAAAGUUGAUGAAGGAUGAGCCUUUAGAUUUACAUGUUGAGGCCAGUGAGACAGUUGCAGUAAAACAAGAGUAUUAUUCUGACAACUCAGUUUCCUUACCCGGGAUGGGUCUGAGUGGUCCCGUAGGCUUUGAACCAGGAAUGUUCAAGACAGACGGAGAACAAAAACAGAAAAAAGAUAAAGAUGAUCCAACAAAGUUGAAAAAGAAGAAGAAAGAUAAGAAAAAACACAAGCAUAAGCAUAAGCACAAACAUGAGCAUAAGCAUAACAAGGAGAAAAAAGAGAAAGACCCAAAUAAAUUGAAGUUGAAAGAAGAAACAUUGAGCUCUGUGAGUUCCACCCCAAGUCCUCCGAAUGGAGGUAACCCCUCGUCAGAAAAUAUGUGAAUAGUGAAUAAUGAUAUGAUUUAGUUAAGUAGAAUUUACUGAAAUGUAGCUUUAUGUUCACUUCUGAAGAUUGUAUGAAGAUGAAACUUUCUUACAACAUUGAUAUUUUGUGUAAUAUAAGAACUAUUCUGAAUAAAGAUAAGGAGUUAAGAAA